CGCUAUCACGGAUGCUGAUGCCCCCUGCUGCGCCGCGGCGUGGAGGCGAAUCCUAGCUCAGCACCACCAGCACUGCACCGCGCCCCGCCGCACUCUCCGGUCCACCUGCACCUCGCUGCUCUGAUCUCCUCGCGAGACUACGGACACGCCCAGCAUGGCUGAGAUUCCUGUGCCGCUAGGCGCCAUCUACCGCGGCGGCAGCGCCGACGCGCUCGCGGCCCUCCGCGCGCGCGAGGAGGCCGCCGGCACCUUUGCGCCCUCCGUCUUCAGUCCCGACACGCUCGCUGAGAAGGGCCUCGUGCGCGUGGCACACAAGCGUGUGCCGGAGGGCAAGAACAAAGAGCCGAGCGCCGAUGCGCUGAGCAAGGGCGCGAAGCUGCCGACGGCCGACCCGGGCUUCAAUGUGUACUACGAGCGGCACGGCAAGGGCCCGCGCAAGGUGGUGUACAUCAUGGGCCUGAACAACUCGUGCUUCGGCUGGCUGAAGCAGGUGGAACACUUCGGCGCCGACGAGCAGUACUCCGUGCUGGUGCUCGACAACCGGGGGUACGGCAACAGCGACACGCCGGCAGGGCCAUACUCCACGUCCGAGAUGGCGCUCGACGUGCUCGAGCUGUGCGACCACGUUGGCUGGAGCGAGGAGCGGCAGCUCAACGUCGUGGGCGUGAGCAUGGGAGGCAUGAUCGCGCUCGAGAUCGCCAAGACUGCACCGCAGCGCGUUGCGAGUCUCUCCCUCAUCAGCACGACGAGCGGACAGGGGCGCGGCGAGAAGAACAUCCUCACGUCGCUGCCGCCGCUGUCCGGCGUCCAGACCAUCGCGCGCAUCCUCGCCGGACGCAUCCUCAAUCUCGACUCCGACCAAUACCGCGUGGAGCGCGUAUGCGACAUGCUCUUCCCCGCCUCAUGGCUCGCCGAGCGGGAUCCGAACGACAGCAGCCGCACAAGGCGAGAGGCCACAUGCGAGCUCUUCAAGUGGCGCUUCGCCUUCACUCGGCGCCAGACGCUCGCCGGUGCCUUUGCCCAGCUGCGAGCCGUCGCGACACAUCGUGUCUCGUCGGCACAGCUGCGCGAGAUCAACGAGCACGUCCCGGCGAUGGCCAUCCUGACGGGCGACGAGGACAACCUCGUGAACCCGGCGAACUCCGAGUUCCUGCACAAGCACUUGCCCGCGGCCGAGUACCACAUCUUCAAGGCCGCAGGGCAUGCGCUGCCGAUGCAACUCCCGGAGGAGGUCAACGCUGCCCUGGCCAGCAACUUCGAGCGCGCCGCCAAGGCGACGUCCUCCUGACCAGCGCUCGGCAGCGCCAGGCGCCAGUCUAUAUAUCCACCAUGUGCAUUGCAGUGCGUGCAGCAGCGUCUUCCUCUACAGCUUGGCCGCGCCCGGCGUGCCCUGCUGCUGGAGAAACUCGUCGAUCGACUCGCGCCAGUAUUUGCCGGGA